CGGUCCCUUCGGUGGGUCCCUUUUGUAGCAGGAAAAAAGUAUUGAUGGUUUGAUUUCCUUGUAACUUGUAAUCAUGUAAUGAACCUGAAUGAAACCAUGAAACGUGUCUAACUUCACGUGUAUAUUAUAGUUGUCCAAAUUGUCAAAUAUUUGGUCUUUUAUUUGAGUACGCAAAUUUUUAAUAAAGUUUAAUAAUGGCUGAUUGGGAUACAGUAACCGUACUAAAAAAGAAAGCCCCAAAAGCGGGUGUAAUGAAAACUGAACAAGCAAUCAAUGCCGCUCGACGACAAGGAGUUCCUGUUGACACCCAAUUAAAAUGGGGCGCCGGCAGUAACAAACAACAUGUUACAACAAAAAAUACAGCAAAACUGGACCGAGAAACGGAGGAACUAAAACAUGAGACAAUUUCUUUGGAUGUUGGUAAAUUAAUUCAGCAAGGUCGUCAAAGUAAAGGUCUAUCCCAAAAGGAACUUGCCACUAAAAUAAAUGAAAAACCUCAAGUUAUCACAGAUUACGAAGCUGGAAAAGGUAUUCCAAACAAUGUCAUCCUCGGAAAAAUUGAAAGAGCCAUUGGAAUUAAAUUAAGAGGAAAGGAUAAGGGAAAGCCAUUACAACUCCCUGAGAGCAAAAAAUAGAAUCCUAGGGGAUGAUUUUUGUUGCAUCGGAUACAAUCUUCAUUGUUAGAACUGUAGACCACAUUGAAUAUCUCUAGGUGUUCGCAUUUAAUGAGUCUGCACCAUUCUCAUGUUUUAUUUUAUUGGAAUUUAACAUUACUGCAAAAUUGCAUUAAGGUGUAUUAAGUCUUUGUAAUAAAUACAUGCAAUUAUAAAAAUAAA